CUGGGGGAGGGACAGGACGAGCCUGAGAGGCACCAACCUCUCAGAGGGGAAGUCUGGUUCAGAACCCGAAGUGACAGGGAAGGAGGAGGUGGUGGCUCUCUGCCGGUGGAAGAACUAAGGACUACACUUUGUGGUCUGCAGGCCUGAAGCAUGUGGCGGCUGCUGAUCCUGCUGGCCCUGUGGCUAGGCACAGAGGGUGUGGGUGGUCUUGAGCUCACCGCGGUUCAGCGCAAGGGCCUGCAGGUGGCCCUGGAGGAGUUCCAUAGGCACCCACCUGUGCAGUGGGCCUUCCAGGAGACAAGUGUGGACAGCGCCAUGGACACGCCCUUCCCAGCGGGCACCUUUGUGAGGCUGGAAUUCCGGCUCCAACAGACGGGCUGCCGGAAGAAGGACUGGAAGAAACCCGAGUGCAAAGUCAAGCCCAACGGGAGGAAGCGGAAAUGUCUGGCCUGCAUCAAACUGGAUCCUGCGCAUAAGGUUCUGGGCCGGAUGGUCCACUGCCCCUUAGAGACCCAAGGCCAGGAGCUCCAGGAGCCCCCAUGCAGCAAGGUGCAGCGGGCCGGCGAGGACCCCCACAGCUUCUAUUUCCCUGGACAGUUUGCCUUUUCCAGGGCGCUGCCCCCCAGCUGAGCCCUGGGCUGAAUCACAGCUGGCUUCCCCAACAGCGGCAGGUGGCCCCUCGCUCCCAGGCAGAAGAUCCACCACAUCUAGGGCCAAUAAAACUGUUCUCCAAGCCUG